AUGCACAAAUUACUAGACUUACUUCACGAGGCAAUUGCGAAAAAGAUACCUCAAAAGUCGUUUAUACUUCUACUGGCUCUUUGUACGCCAAUUACUGAUGAUGAGAUCGUUCAAAUAUUUCAAUCGCCACUUAAAAACGAACAAAUCCGUCUUUUCGUAGAUUGGGCCACAAGUUCAAUAUCAAAUUGCCAUAAGUUUUGGUCAAAUUUAGGUCAAGUCGAAGAUGGUAUCCAGGUGCGAUUUUUACAAGAGGUGAGAAGAGAAUACAACCAUCAGAGUUUUGUAUAUGAUGAAUUUAUAAGAUAUGCGUUUGAUUAUUUGAAUAACAGCACACCCUCUUCAGAGAUUGUCAACGAGUUUGUGCAUUUAUUAGGUCUUAUGAAGGACACCACUUCCAGCGAAUUCAUUGAAUUGUUCAAAUUGAUCAAGCAAACUGGAUACAACUUACAACAAACUACAAGAGGAGUGCUAACAUCUGAGCAGUUGAAUCACUUGGCUGAUUUGAACUUGAUAGAAUCUGAAAGUAUGGAGGAUACUUCAGAAGUUGGAGUCUCGCUUGAUGUGACUGGCAAGCUCGACACCUACCUCGAAGUGAAGCGGAAACUUUGGGUUUAUCAGAUUACUCGCGACUUUAACAAGUUACAACUUUACGAGGAUGCUGGUAGCUUCUUACGCCACUUCAAGGUAUGUGUUCCAAACCAAGAAAAUGGAGAAGUGGCACAGUUGUUGAUACUGCUGUUUCCUUUGAAUGUUGAGGGGUUUCAUUUGUUUAACGUGGAGAACUUUAUUCUGACAAGAGUGCCACCGAUGUUGGAGGAGCUUGGCGUGGUAAUUGAUCAAUUGGAAGUUUCAAGCAAUGUGAAACGGUUGUUGGUGUCUAAAGCAGAACCAGAUUUAAAGAGGCUACAGGAUUUGCUAAACACUGACCCCGAGUUCAUUUCAUUUGAGGAAAGUGGGUUGAUAAAUUUCAUCUCCGAACUAUCCCGAAAAGGCUCUCAGAAGAAAGUAAGUGAGACAAUAUUGGAACACAUGAGAGAAUUUGUACGCACAAAGCAAUUGGAAAAGUUGAAUCGUUUAUUGCUUGCUCUCAUGAACAAUAUCGAAAUGGUCAACAUUAUCAUGUUUCAUACGAAUUUGUCGUUAUUACACAUAUUGAUUGAUUAUAUUGACUUUGAAACAUUUGCCAUUGGGUCUGAAGACGACUUUCAAGACGUUUAUUCGUAUUGUGGAGUUGGUGUACUUAGUAUUAUCUUGAUUCUUGAAGUUUUCCACAUUGACUUAUCCAAGAUUGAUCUCAAUUCUUAUGCUGUUGGUUUUGUGAAUAACUUUUACUACCGAUUAGGUGAUAAUCUCACAAAUAAUACACCUUUGGAAAAAGAUGAUGAUGAUUUGACCAUUAUCGGAAAUUACAAUAAUUUAGUGACUGAAUGGAUCAAUGCACUUUUUGACGAUUCAAAUGAUGGACUUUCUGAUGAAUUGAUGAAGAGUUUGGGUAUUAAACAAAUCUACAAAUUGAUGCCCAUUAUCUACAAACAAGCAAUUAUGGCAACAAAAUUAGGCAAAAUUAACAUGGGGAUCUUGAGUAACGGAUUAGAUUAUUUAUCUCAAUUAUUUCUUCUACCUGUCACGACUUGUCUUGUGAAAUGGAUGGCUAGGGAUAAUAAAGACUCAGGAUUGUACAAACAAGUGAUUUCAGAAUUGAUGAAGCCAAAUGUUGACCAAGACUCAAAUCCUAUGUCGAGGAUUAUUUUGAACAUUUGUGGUAAUGAUGUGUUGAGAGUCGUUAAUGAUAACAAGAUCAAACAAUUUAUUCAUUACAAGGAUGUAGAAAAGACAAUAGAAAAUAAUAUCAACGUUUGGGAGAGAGUCAAAUUCAGUUCCAGUUUUGACCAAUUUGAUCUUCUUUUGAAAAACAAACGUGAAACAAUACUUUACAUGAUUCAAGAGCUGUACACGUUUCAAGAAACAAAGGACGAAAAUAGUAAACUUUUCAUCAAUUUGCUAAUUUCAGUGCUGAUUUUAGACUCAAUCGAAAACAUAGAUGAUUUGGAAUACUGGAAACGAGAGUUGAACAAAACAUCAGAAUUACAAAGCAAAAGUAAUAAUGAAGACAAAACCUUCUCAUGUAUUUUGGACUACCAUUACUCCUCAAUUUUUAACGAUGAUGUUGACAAAAGCAUGGACGAUAUGGAUAAUAAUGACGGUAAAGAUGAUAUCGAGAUGAAGGUGCCCGCAAGUGAAGAAUUGAAAACAGUGCAACGUCAAUUGAUUCUACAGGACAGCUUGCUUUCACAUUUCAAAGCAAUCAAAGACAAGACAAACCACGCAAACUUGUUUUACAAAACAGUGAGGGUUUUAACUGAUAAAAUAUUGGAAGAAUUAGACACUUGGAAUUGA